AUGGAAGAUGAAGUUAAUGUUACUAUGCGCGAUAGAAAAAGGAAAAGAGGUGACUAUGAAAUCAAGGAUUUAAAUAGUGAGAUGUUCUCAAUGUUUAACGAAUUUAAAAAAGAUUUUUUCACAUCCAUGCGCUCGUCAAUGGAUGAAAUAAAGGCUCAAAAUAAACAACUUCAAGAGUCAUUUGAAUACAUUAACAACAAAUAUGACGAUGUUCUAACUGAGCUUAAAGAAAUGCAGAAUGAUAGAAGAGAAAAUCGAAAAUAUAUUACGCAGCUCGAGGAGAGAAUCGAUUAUCUUGAAUCUAAAUUUCGAUCUAGCAAUGUCGAAAUCCGUAACAUUCCGAAAAGUGAAUCCGAAACAAAAAUGGAUCUAGUGAAUAUGGUGGUGAAACUAGGUCAGGUCCUGGAUACUAGCGUUAAUCAGUCUGAUAUUAAAGACGUUUUUAGAAUUAACAACAAAUCCACAAAGAAACCCAUAAUUGUUGAAUUUACGUCAACAUUAAUUAAGGAAGCAAUAGAAAAGAAUGUUAAAAAUUUUAAUAAAUAUCAUUCGACUGACAAGCUCAACACUAAGCAUCUUCAUCUGGAGGGGCCCAAGAUUCCAGUUUACGUUGAGGAAAAUCUUACUACAAAAAACAAAAGACUUUUCUAUCUAGCUAGAGAAUUUGCGACUCAGAAAAACUUUAGAUACUGUUGGACGUCAAAUGGGCGAAUAUUUUUACGUAAAGAAGAAGGUGGGCAAGUUAUACGCAUUAAUUCUGAAGCAGACAUAGCAGCUAUCAACACUCAAAAGUGA